AAGAAACCAGAUCAUUUAAACUGUUCUCGUCUUCAAUGGAGCUCUAGUCUCUCAGAAGUUUAUUUGAAUCAGGUUGAAUACUACUGGCGUUUUUUGCUUAUGAAAAAUAUUGUUGGUGACGCUGUCAAGUGGUUAAUAAUUUCUACAAUUGAUGAAUGAGAUAUUCAGAAGAUAGACAUCAAUUGCUUUCAAAAACGAGAAAGUGUUUCGCGUAAAACUUAAACUGAAUGAAAAAUCAGAAUUGAAUUUCGCCGUCUUUUUGGGAUUCAAAGUGUGAUUUAUUUCUCAAGAUUUUAUCAGAAGCGCAACAUAGUGGUCAACAAGUAAUGAUCUAUUUCUUUUAAUUUUAAAAUUGUGCUUGAAGUUUGGAAAAUGCAUCUGCAGCAAAAUCUGUGCCACAAAGGAAGAUUUUAGGUAUUUCUGCGAAAUCUUGAAGAGUUGGAAACUGUGAUUGAAAAAUAAAUCUGGUACAACUUUGGUAUGUUAAGUGAAAAUCUAUAUGGUUAUUAUUAAGUUGCUGUCAACCAUGGGCAGAAUUUGGUCACAUUUUCAUCAGGGUGAAACUGAUAGAGAACUGACGAUUUAUGUUACAACAGGAGAUAGAAGAAAAGCGGGCACGGACGCCAAUGUAUGGUUGAUUUUACACGAUGAAAAAGGCCAAAGCACAGAUACUAUUAAACUCGGACAUCCCUUCAGAAAUGAUCACGAGCGAGGAGCAACUUGUGAUUUUAAGGCUUUCUCUGGAGAUGGAUUUGGAUUUCCAUACAAAGCGGAAUUUUGGCGUGACUCCUUUGGCUUAGGUGACAGCUGGUUCUUGGAAAAAAUUGAAGUUGAAGACAAAACCCACGGAACAAGGCAUGUGUUUCCUGUACACCGAUGGAUUCUCCCAAAUCGUCAUUAUGUCAUUCAAGAGCACGACUGCCGCCUUCCUCAAGAAGACGAGAACAUCGAACAAAGAAGAACAGAAAUCAAAGAAUGUCGAAGGAUAUAUCAAUACGCAGUGCGCAUAGAAGGAGGUCCUGCCCAGAUCAAAGAUCUACCAGAAAUUGAAGAAUUCAGCGAAGACUACAAAUGGGACAUCGUAAAAAAUAAAGGUCGAUCUAUGUUAGAUACGAAGAUCAUAAGGUUAACAACAGACAAGUGGGAAUCCAUAUGCGACCUAAAAAAGGUAUACAAAUUCAGCUUAGGCGAUCCAGCUUACCUAGAAUGUUGGAAUGAAGACAGAUGGUUUGGCUUGCAAAGAAUACAAGGUGUUAAUCCUGUUCUCAUUAAAUUAUGCACAAAAAUACCAAAAAAGUUUGGCGUGACGAAUGAAAUGGUGCAACCAUUCCUUGAAGGAUUCACACUUGAAGAGGCUAUCAAAGAAAAUAAACUCUUUUACGUUGAUUUAGAGAUUCUUAAAGGCAUCAACUGCAAAGAUGGACGAAUGCUUUGUGCUCCACUUGCUCUUUUCUACCUCAACAGGCACACGGAACUGAUGCCUGUAGCCAUUCAAUUAUUUCAAGACAAAGGGCCAGAUAAUCCAGUGUUUUUGCCAAGUGAUCCACCUCAUACAUGGCUAUUGGCAAAAAUAUACUACAAUAACGCCGACGCAAUGUAUCAUCAGUCAUUAACGCAUUUAGGUUUUACUCAUCUUUUGAUGGAAGGAGUUGUCAUCUGUACACAUAGGAACCUAUCACAAUCUCAUCCUCUAUUUAAGCUACUAGCUCCUCAUUUCCUUUUCCUCCUAGCCAUAAACAGCCGAGGUCUAGAAAAGCUUAUUUGCGUUAAUGGAUGGGUAGACAAAACUAUGACUGUUGGUUGCAAAGGAAUGUUUGAGCUUAUGAAAAAGGGAAUGAGAGUAUGGCAUUUUAAUGUACACGGAAUGGUGCCAAAUGAAAUAAAAUCCAGAGGAGUUGAAAAGGAUGUACUGCCAAAAUAUCCUUACAGAGAUGAUGCUGUCCAAAUAUAUCACACAAUACGAAGAUACGUGGAGAAAACGGUCCAUUGUUUUUAUGAUAAAGAAGACAAAGUCGUAAAUGAUUAUGAGCUUCAACAAUGGAGAGCUGAACUAGUCAAGGACCGUAAGCUUGGAGGUUGUGGAUUUUUGGGUGUUCCUGGCGAAGAAAACAACAGAUUCACGAACUCAGAAGAAGUAAUUGAUACCAUAACAGCUAUUAUUAGUAUUUGUAGCUUAGGACAUGCAGCGGCAAAUUUUCAACAGUAUGAUGAAUAUGCUUUUCCACCAAACUAUCCAGGAAUUUUGUAUGGAGACCCACCACGAGAUAAAGCACCUGUGACUGAAAACGAUAUUCUGAACAAAAUUCCAACCAAGCAAACAACCUUGGAUAUUAUGACUAUCACAAAAAUCCUAAGCACUAAAGCUACAAAAUCCUUAGGAGACUUUGAAAUACAAUUCAUGUAUAAUCCAAUUUGUGUUAAAGCAGCAGAAGAAUUUCGAGAAGAAUUGGCACAAAUAAGUCGGCAAAUAAAGCUACGAAACAGAUCUGAAGCUUUUCCUUAUGACUGGUUAGAUCCUGAAUACAUUCCUAAUGCAAUUAGUAUCUAGAACUUGUGAAUACUGGAUUUCAGGCUGAAAGUCUUAGUAAUAUCCAUGACGAAUCUUGACGACGCAUACUGUGUUGCCUCACAGAAUGAUUGGCAAGAAUAUAUAUGUGUCUUAACUGUGUAUCACGUCAAAGAUGUGCAUAAGGAAGUCAUGUUAAGUUUGUGCAGAAUACUUAUUCAUCAACACACAGUCUAUUGUGGUUGAAAGUUGUAGCAUUUCUUGGAAGAACAGAUAUUAAAAACGUUACUACCAGAGAACUGCGGAAAAUAGCUCAAACAGUAUACAAAAUAACAGUUCAGAUAGCAUUUAAGGUUGAAUGUUGUAAAAAAUGUAUUUUUACGAUUGAUUAAGUUAAAAAUCAAUUCAUUCAAUUGUAUAAAAUGAGUUAUUUACUGGUGUAAAUUACUAAUGUAUGCUAUAUUUUUGCAUUCUUGAAGGAAUUUAAUUGUAUGGUAUUCCAGUGCAUGAACUGAUGAUUCAACAGUAUAUCAUAUUUGAAAUAGUGCAGGAUUGUUACUUUUAUUUAAAAAAAAAAACUCUAAAUGAAUCAUAACCAAGCAUUAUUCAACAUGAAAUAAUUAGUUAUAAAGCAAUUUCAAUAAAUAUAGGAGAUAUAAAUAAUUGCAUAAUGUAAUCAUAAAAAUAAUUGCUUUUGACACUUCGUUUUUAAUGAAGAAAGGAAUUGUAUAUUUUAUGGUUUUAGCGUUAAAUGUAAGUUAUAUCAUCAUUAAAAUUUUACAGAACAUG